AUGUUGCUUUCGAAUCCAGAACUCGCUCCCUUGAUUCUCGCUGCAAUAUUAGCCCUCAUUAAAUUGUGUCAAUAUAUCUUGAGCUCUAUUCUUGGUACGUCGUUUAAGACGUUACGUCCCAAGAGGUUGUGGCAGCUUGACCCUUUUCUUGGACUCGAUACAGUAGUCUCGAGCUAUCACCGUUUACGACUGCACAGAUUUUUGUCAACAUGCCAAGAGCGCUUCACCCAAGCGGGGAACACAUAUGUGGCUCGCAUUCCCGGCUCUGAGAUCAUUGUGACUUGCGAGCCUGAGAAUCUGAAGGCUCUGUUGGCAACGCAACAUCAGGAUUUCGAACUAGGGGAGCGGAGAAGACAUGCUUUUCGGCCUUUGCUCGGAGACAGCAUCUUCGCUAGUGACGGCCAUAUCUGGAAAGAAGCGCGCCAACAACUGCGGCCAAGCUUUGCGAAAGACCGCUUGUCUCGAGCGGAGACAAUUGACAUACACGUGAAUGCUCUCGUGGAGACGGUGCAUGCCCAGCAGAAGCGGGAUGGAAUCGUGGAUUUGCAAGAGCUUUUCUUUCGCUUUUCGCUUGAUGUGGCGACAAGUUUUCUCUUCGGGGACUCCUGUCACAGCUUAUCGGCGGCAAAAGCUAAUGACAGCGCAGCCACUGAAUUUGCAGAUGCAUUCAAUCGAAGUCAGCAGAGGCUAGUUGAUCGUUUCGUUGUUGGCUCCGUGGCAGAUUUCGUUCCCAAUUCGCAAUUCAAGAAGGAUUGCUUGACAGUGCGGACCUUCGCUGAGAAGUAUGUGAACAUUGCUAUUAACAGGAGUCGUGGCGAAGAAUCGGGAGAUAUUUCGAAGCAGCCUCCAUCAAUCCUCGCAGACAUGGCUGGUCAAUGUGGAGACAUCGGGCAGUUGAGAGAUCAGGCUCUAUCACUGCUAGUCGCAGGCCGAGAUACCACUGCAUCACUUCUCUCGAAUCUUUUUUUCGUGCUCUCCCGCAGCCCUAAUAUUUGGCAUCGACUGAAGGCAGAAGUCGAGACUCUUGAAGGAAGGCGACCAGAUCCUGCAGAAUUCAAGGAUCUCAAGUACCUUCAAGGGUGCAUUCGAGAGUAUCUUGCUGACAGAUAUGCAGAAAAUCUAGCCCUUGCUGAGGUGGAAUGCACGGUAGUCAAGUUCCUGCAACAUUUUGAUCGCAUGUCCGCCGUUGGGCCUUCUGAUUGGAAAGAGCAGUUGACUUUGACAUGUUGCGUCAAAGACGGUGUGAAAGUCACUUUACGUCCGCGAGAAGAUAUCCAGGGAGAUCUGCAAAAUUAUGAACAAGAACUGCUCGAGGUGCCCGCAUUCCGUGAAGGAUAG